AUGCAGCUGAGCUCACGGUGGUGUUUGACCAAGGCAAGUGGUGAAAACACCAAUGCUCGACUCUGUCCUGAAGGUUACUUCCUUGAAAAAGCCUGUCCCUUUAUCUCCACUAAGCUGUCCAAGGUACAUGCCAGCAGUGAUAUUGAGAGUACCUUGAGCAAAUCCAAGGAUUCCAUGAUGAUAACACUAGAACUUGCCAUGCGAGCCGCUGUUGGAUCCCUCGGCAUCCCUACAGAAGAACAGCAAAAGACGCUAUUCAAUACUGAGAUACUGAAACUGUAA